GCUUUUUUUUCACUCUCUCUCACUUUCUGUCUCGAAUCUCAUUUGGGUUCUUCCUCCCAGAGAAGCUUCCCUGCCCAAUCUGUGCAGAACGUUAAAGUAUAUGUGACCAUAUACAUGUAAACAUAAAUGUUUGUGUAUAUAUAUAUAUAUAUAUAUAUAUAUAUAUAUAAUUGCUCAUUUAGAUAUUGCUUCCCCCUCCUCUCAUUUUUGUGCUCUUGCUUUCCUCCUCCAUCAUCCUUCGCGAUUUCGUCCGCUGCUGGCUAAUCCCAAGAGCGGGGGAUGGCAAGCAUCGACAAUAAUUUCACGUUCGCGGACGCGAGCUUUCCUUCCUUCCUCGACGACGAUCUUGCCGCUAUUUCCGGCAUGAAGAAGCGGGUGGAGGCCGGAAUGGCGUGCGAGAGUGGGGCGGUGGUGGGGAGCAGCGACGGUACGGCUUCUGCGGCGGAAAGGGAAAACGAGCUCUCUGGGAGCUUCGGCGGGUUCAGUUGCGGGAGGAGGCCGACGGCGGCGGUCGGGGGACUCGGGGAGAGGGUGGCGGCAAGAGCGGGGUUCAGCGCCCCCAGGUUGAACACCGCGCGGGUUCGGUUGGGGGAUGGCGCGUUGGCUUCCCCCCGUGGCGCUCGAUCGCCGUGUCUUACCAUUCCUCCGGGGCUAAGCCCCACCACCUUGCUCGAUUCCCCAGUUUUCCUUUUCAAUUCUCAGGCUCAACCUUCUCCAACGACUGGUGCAUUUCCCUUACCGUCGCUCAGCCAAAGAAACGAUUCCACGAUCACACAUACAACCAGAGUUUCUGCUGCUGCUGGCAAAGAACAACGGACAUGUGAACAAUAUAGUGAUUCAUCGUUUGCCUUCAAGCCUCAUGUUGGAGGACCUGUGUCCUGCUUCCAGAGUUCAGGAAACCAGGCAUCUUCCACCAUUCAAGAGCCUUCAUGGUCCAGAGUUGAGGACGCAUUCCUGCCCAAACCCUUUAUUGAGGCUCAAAAUGCUGCCCCCAAGCUCCUAUUCGAAACACAAGCAGAGGGCCAACACCAAAACGAGUCAUAUAAUCAAGCAGAUUCUCUCACACUGUCAUCUGGAGAGAGUAACAUAAAAACUGCUACAUCCGAUACACAAGCUUCCGUUGGUAUCAUUUGCAGUGAACAAUCUCCUCCAACUGAGGACCAUCUAGAUGAUGAUGGAGAUAAGGAGACAUCCUUUGCACCUGCAUCUGUUGGAGUAUCUUCGGAGGAUGGAUACAACUGGAGGAAAUAUGGUCAAAAGCAGGUGAAAAGUAGUGAAUUUCCUCGUAGCUAUUACAAGUGUACUCAUACAAACUGUCAAGUGAGGAAGAAGAUUGAGCGUGCUCACGAUGGGCACAUCACUGAAAUCAUUUACAAGGGUGCCCACAAUCACCCCAAACCUCCCCCCAGCCGACGAUCACUUGGUGCAUUGGCUGCAAUUGAAGAUGCAGUCCUGGAUCGCCAAGACCAAGGACUACACGAGACUGCAGAGAGUCAGCCAGUGUGGAAGGGCAACCAACUAGAGACCGCUGCAGGUAGCCAGGACUGGAAGGCUGAUUCCUCGGAGAUGACUUCCCUUGCCCCCAGUACUGAUUUCUGUAAUCAAUCUAUUAGUGCUCAGUCCCGAAGCUUCGGUCAUCAUGAGAUGACUGAUGCGCCAGAGAUCUCAUCCACCUUAUCUGGUGGCGAUGAUGAUGAUGAGAUGGCCACAAAUUUCAGCAUGUCACUAGGAGAUGAGGGUGAUGAAGACGAGCUAGAAUCAAAGAGAAGGAAAAAGGAUGGCUGUGCCGUGGAUGCUGCAAUGACAUCCAGAGGCAUUCGUGAACCAAGAGUUGUAGUUCAGACAACCAGUGAGGUUGACAUCCUUGAUGAUGGAUACCGUUGGCGCAAGUAUGGGCAGAAGGUGGUUAAAGGAAAUCCAAAUCCUAGGAGCUACUAUAAGUGCACCAGCCCAGGGUGCCCGGUGAGGAAGCAUGUGGAGAGGGCAUCCCAUGACCUCAAGUCUGUGAUCACCACAUAUGAAGGAAAACAUAACCAUGACGUGCCUGCUGCUAGAAGCAACACUGGCAGCAACCAUCUUACUUCCACAACCUCCAGCAUGGGAACUGCACCAGCUUCGUCGUCUCACAUCCUCAAGCCAGAGCCUGUGCCACAACAGAACAACAUCAUGAGGUUCAAUAAUCUGCAUGAACGAUUGAGCAUGCCAUCCUUGCCCGGGUUUGGUCCUGCUAACACACCGCAGAUGGGACAGUCUCUCUAUUCUGGUCUUUCAAGUUUCCCACUGAAUCAGCAGAUGGGACUUGGAAACUUCAAAUUCUCAGGGCUUCCCAUUGGCCAUGAGAAGCUGGGUGUUGGACCAUAUUUGAUGCAGCACAAGCUGACCGAAGUGGCGCCACCAUCAAGACUGCCUGGCGAGCUGAAGGAGGAACCCGUAUUUGAAUCUGGAAUGCCUGGUACGCACGGGUCACUGUAUCAUCAGAUCAUGGGCACACUUCCGCUAGGACCACAGAUGUAAGAUAACACAUUGAAGAACAAUUUUUUUGCUGUACAUGUCAAAUAGAAAGAAGCUAGUCCUCUUUUUUUCUGAAAGGCAUAUUGGUUGAGUUUAAUAUAUAUAGAAAAUAUAUUAUUUGCCGAAUACAAGGAA